GUAUAUUCUAUAAUUGUGUAUAUAAUACAAUGUCAGAAGACGAAGAUACAAUUGUUUUACUAAAAAAUGUAAAUUGUAAUACUAAUUCUUCUAUUUUGAAACCACCACUGAAAGAAUAUCCAUAUAUUUCUUUAAAAAAAUUAAUAAAACUAUCACCCAUAAACACAAAAAAUUUAACUCCAUUAACCACUGAAAAUCAAAAUAUUAUAGUACCAAUUGUAGCUGUAUUGGCAGGAAUUUCAUUUGGAUAUGAUAUGGGAAUUGGCAGACAAAUUGCUCCUUUGGUAAAAGGUGAAUUUGUACUUGAUUGUAAAGAAGAAAGUAUGAUUGUAAAUAUAUGGUUUAUUGGAUGUUUGUUGGGUGCAUUAUUUGGUGGUAUUUUAAUAGAUCAAUAUGGUCGUAGAUGGACUAUGAUUUCUACAAUGGUAUUCUUAACAUUUGGUUCACUAUUAUCAGCUUUAUCAAACCAUUACAUUCUAUUUUUGAUAGCAAGAAUGAUUUGUGGAUAUUCUGGAACUGUUUCUGCAAUUGCUCAUUGUAUCUACAUGUCUGAAAUUUCAAUUUCUAAUAGACGAGGAUGCAACAUAACUUUACAUCAAUUAGGUGUUGCAAGUGGAUUACUGCUUUCUGUUAUAGCAACAGAAAAUAAAAAUUUAGACUACCAAUGGCGAUUGACUAUUGGUCUAACAGCAGUGUCUUCAAUGAUUACUUGCAUUAUCACAAUUAUAUUUCUUCAACGAUCACCAUCUUUUUUAUUACUAAAAAAAGUUGGAAAUAUUAAAGUAUCACUAAAUAAUUCUUGCUGUUAUGUUUUUGAAGUUCUAACAAUUAUGAUAAUCAUGCUUUCUCUUAGCCAAGGAACUGGAAGGCAACAAGUUUUAUAUUAUGCACCAAGAUUAUUUGCUCUUUUAGGAAUAUGCACCAAUAUUGCCAAAACGACAGCAAUGAUUGCUCUUGGGAUUGUUAGAGUAUUCAGUACUAUUUUAUGUCUAAUUGUCAUUGAAAGAUGUGGACGUCGAACUGCAUUAAUAACAUCGGCUACUAUCUGCAUGAUAUCUGCAUCUCUUUUAUCCCUUCUAGCAACAUUAGAUAGAGGUGACGAAUUAUUAAACUUUUCAAAUGAAUCUUGCAACAUAAUCAUAAACAAUAAUUUAAAAAACGAAUUAACAAAUAAAAUAAAAUCUAUUUCACUAACUGAUUCAUCACCAUUUCCACUUUUACCUACUCCACUUGCUAUAAGUGUUCCAAAUACUGAAAUAUGGACUCAAGUAAAGAUGUCAUGUGAGACUCACAAUGUAAUUACUACAGAUGGACUUACAACAGAAUUAAAAACAUUAGCCGUCAUAACGUUACUUGUAUUUGAAUCAGCUUAUACCUUAGGUCUUGGACCUGUUCCUUUAUUAACUCUCAAUGAAAUCUUUCCAGCAGUAAUUAGAGGAAAAUGCAUUGGAUUUUCUAUAUUUAUUUUAUGGCUUAUUCAUAUUUUACUCUUUGAAUCCAUUGAAAAAAUGACUAAAAUGAUGACACUGGCUGGUACAUAUUUAUUUUACAGUUUUAUGUGUCUUAUUACAAUAUUUUAUGUAUUUCUAGUAUAUCCUGAAACAAAAGGAAAAUCUUUAAAUCGAAUAGGACAAGAACUGCGAAAAAUCUCUAUAAUAACGCGUAUUUGCAAUAAUGUAAAAAGUCUACCUGCAAUUAGUCACAUACAGUCAAUCAUUAAAUUUAAAGAAAAGACAAAUCAAAGCACACCGAUAUAAAUAUUCAUUCUAUUCACAUU